AUGUCUGACGUAUAUUUCUAUAAGUAUCUAGUCAAUCACCAGGUAUUCUUCAGGUCUAAGUACACCUAUGCUUUGGUCAACAUUAAGCCUUUGGUUCCGGGACAUGUUCUUGUUGUGCCAUUAAGAACCAGUAUUUUGAGGUUUGGAGAUUUAACGGCAGAAGAAUCCCUGGAUUAUAUGCUGACAUUGCAACUUAUUCACAAGUUUAUAAUACAUUUAUACAAUGCCGACUCAUUAAAUAUUGCUAUUCAAGAUGGGCCUGAGUCUGGACAGUCCAUACCUCAUUUACACACGCACAUAAUUCCUCGUUACAAGACCGAUGGAUUUGGAGAUGGAAUAUAUGAAAAGUUAGAUAGAUUGGACCUAAAUAACACAUUAAUUGAGUUUUUUGAAAGACAACAAGCGUACCAAAAAUCUGGAGGCUUCCAACCAGUGCCAGAUGAAGGUAGACUGCCCCGGUCAGAUGAAGUAUUAUCUAACGAGGCAAUAUGGCUUAAAGACGAACUCGAAAAGUAUAUGAAUCAAUGA